ACCGGAAGUGCUCGUGCGGGAAAGUCAGUGGCUGUUGUGCCACCUUCAUCGUUACGGGAAAAACAGUGAGCCUUUUGUUUGUCUGCUUCUCAAUGUGUGUGGGAGUUUAAAACUAGGCAAGACGGCAACAGCCGCCACCUGCCAAGGAAGAAGCGACUGGAGAAAGACAUUUUAUUUGGAUGUUUUCACUUCUCCAUCGCCAUUUACUGGGGGACGCUGACGUUUGAGAGGACCCUGAAGUGGCACACGCUUUUCCCGUACUCUUUUUCAAUUUAGCAAGAAAAUCCCGCCUGCGCAGAGAUGAAGGGACGGAAAGAUGCACCUUCAGACUGGGGCUGCUUGGUGGGAAUAUGCUUCUUCAUUCUGGGCCUGGGAACGCUGCUACCGUGGAACUUCUUCAUGACCGCCUCAUUGUAUUUCCAAGAUCGCCUGAACGCCAACGUCACAAACGGGAGCGACGUUAGCAGCAAUAGCAAAUACUUCAACAGCUGUAUGACCCUGCUGUCCCAGCUCCCUCUACUGCUCUUCACGCUUCUCAACUCCAUCCUCUACCAGAGAGUAUCCGAGGUGGCGCGCAUCGCCGGCAGCCUCGUUUUCAUCCUGUUGCUCUUUGUCUUCACCGCCGUUCUUGUUAAAGUGCCCAUGGAGGACUUGGACCUCUUCUUCUCCAUCACCAUGGCAACCAUUUGGUUCAUCAACUCGUUCGGCGCCGUGGUGCAGGGAAGUCUCUUCGGUCUGGUGGGCAUGCUACCCCAGAAGUACAGCGCCAUCUUCAUGAGUGGCCAAGGACUUGCCGGAACUUUUGCCGCGAUGGCUAUGCUUUUAGCAAAUGCCAGUGAUGCGGGCCGCGAGUCUGCGGCGUUGGGCUACUUCAUCACACCGUGUGUGGGCACGCUUGUAACACUCUUCUGCUACUUCCUUUUGCACCGCCUGGAGUUUGCUCGCUAUUACCUGCAACAGAGCGCCAAAUACGAGGCUGGCACCACAGAUGAGCUGCUCACAGCUGAGAGUACCGCAGCGGACGACGGCAAACUCAACGGCCACGCAAACGGCUCAGUGGCCGGCGGGCCUAAGAAAAAUGGAGUCUCGGAGGAGGGCGAGCAGCCGCCGGACAGAAGCCAGGAAGCUUUCCUGUCUUUGGAGCAGGUGGAGAAGAAGCAAGCCAAAGCAUCCAUUUUUGAGGUUUUCAAGAAGAUUUGGGUCAUGGCGUUCUGCGUGACGUUCGUGUUCACGGUCACACUGUCGGUCUUCCCCGCCAUCACCGUCGAUGUUAAGACGUCGUCCCCUGAUUUCGAGACUGUUUUACCAGGAAAUUGGAACCGUUACUUCAUAAACGUGUGCUGCUUCCUGACUUUCAACAUUAACGACUUUAUAGGACGAACUGUCACUACGUUCGUACGCUGGCCUCGUAAAGAGUCACAUCUCUUCCCGCUGUUGGUGGUCUCCCGCGUCAUCUUCAUCCCUCUCCUGAUGCUAUGCAACGUCCAGGAGCGUGCCUACCUGCCGGUCUACUUUCCCUCCGAUGCAGGGUUCACGGUCAUCAUGUCUCUCUUCUCCAUCUCCAGUGGAUAUUUUGUCUGUCUCUCCAUGUCUUACGCGCCACAGUUGGUGGAGCCCAAGGACGCCGAGACUGCCGGAUCCCUCAUGACCUUUUUCUUGGCUCUGGGUCUGUCCAUCGGCGCCGCGCUGUCCUUUCUCCUGCGAAAGCUAGUGUAGCGUCGCAAAAAGCCAGCGCAUCGAAUUUGUGUUACCUUGACUUAAAGUCAUUCAUCAUGCGUACGAGUGCCCCGACUUAGUCGUUAUGUUUUAUUUUUCUAAAUUAUGAACUUUAAUCGAUUUUUUUUUUUUUGCUUUGCGCGUCAAGCCAAAAGCGCAAUGCACUUUCAGCUGUUUAGUAACUCAUGCACUGCUAUUUUUUUCUCAAUUCAACUUUACGGCUACUUAAGACCAUAAACGUCCUGCGUGAAGUUGGCAGACACAAAUUUGCAUACAGAUGAUGUUAAUCCUAUGUCCUGUAAAAAGUUUUGUUUGUGCUGCUAUUGUUUUUGAGAUGUUUACAAUUUUUUGAUAGGUCAAUCUGAGGUCAUCCAGCAUCCCCAUUUUGAUCCAAAUUAGCUAAAAAUGGUACAGUUUGUUUGUGCUGCUAUCGUUUUUGAGAUAUUAGCAAUAUAUUUAAUUGAUCAAUCUGAGGUCAACCAGGCCCCCAUUUUGAUAACCGUAUUUUUCGGAGUAUAAGUUUGUAAAGAUGUAACACACACAUGUACACUUAGGUUCAAAACGACGCGCAUUUUAACACUUGACACAAAACAAUUGGUGUUCAAACGUCCAUCUAGUCUGAUCAAUAUGUAAAUUUAGUAGAUUAAACUAGCAUAAAUUGCCUAACAGAAGUCCGCUAUCUUAAAUCCUAAGAAAGCUAACGCAGUUACAAUUUUCAUAGCAAAUCACUCACAUGUAACUCCACAAACUGUAGCUGUAAAAGUAAUCACAAAUGCAUACAAAAAAAUAUACCGUAUUGGCCCGAAUAUAAGACGGCCCUGAUUAUAAGGCGACCCCGUUUGUCAAGACUCAAGUUUGAAAAAAAGACUUUUUGAACACCAAAUUAAUUUUUAUACAGAAAAUAAUGACAGUACAUCUGAAACAAAUGAUUAUAACAACAAAUUUGAGAGAAAAAACAUGUUAUUUUGCCUCAUUCAAAUCUUAAUAUCUGAACAUUUAAAUAUGUAAACUAAAGUUCAAUCACAUUCGUAAAUGAAUGGCUUCUGGUUUUCGAAAUGUAAAUAAAAAUCUGUAGUGAUAAAACAACAAAAUUGCAGUAACUGCAUUCACCAUCAAAGCGAAGUUAAACCUUAACUAGUCUUGAAACAAAUCAGAAUAAGGAAAAACAUUGCAAUAAAAUAAUGCAAACUUGUUAAACUUGAGACUAGCUGAGAUCUGUCAUAACAGGACAUCGCUUCAAUGAUAUCUGGCGCCAUUUAGCGUCGUGAAUGAGUAUAAUGUCUAGACCGCGAAUAUAAGACGACCCCCUCUUUUUCAGUCUUAUUUCAAUGCAAAAAACAGCGUCGUAUAUUCGGGCCAAUACGGUAUUAGCUGAAACAACUUAGAGCCUUAUGUGGGCCAAAUCAGAGCGCAGCUAUCCUUUAUCCAUGUCAGACAUCCCAGUCAUACAAGGCGACAGUCCAGCUAGACCCAAUGCUGCCACCAGAAGGCAGUGUAUCCUCCAUCAUUAAACAAAAUAUAAUACUUUUGGACUUUUUGGAUAAUUUUUUGGGGGGUACUCAAAGGGUUAAUUUCUAUUUAUGCGGAAAUUUGGGUUACGUCGCCAGCAUAGGAACGGAACUCAUUCGUAACCCGGUGACUACCUGUGUAUCAUUUCACAUGUUAUUUUCACAUUGUACCACAAGCGGGCGCUCAAGGCCUGUGUUUCAACAUUGGCGGUAACUUAUAGCAAUCAAUAAAAACAACUGGGAAGGGCUGAACAAAAUGUCACCAAAACAAAAAUCAUAUUCCACAGACUUCAUAAUAUGUUGACAUGACACGGGGCGCAGGCCGAGCUGUAGGGGGCCUAUUUUCCAAAACUCGAGGGCUGAAAAAGACUGUGAAAAGAGCCGACCUGAUUCAGAGGCAGCUUUUUUUAUCGACACCUUUUUCUUGUGUGCAUUGCCUUACGCCACUGACAAUGACCAUACGCAGUGACAUUCUCCUGUCAUAGACUUCAUAACCCAUUGACAUUACGGGGGAAACGGUGCAGAUUAAAACUUCAAAUUCAAAUAUUUUCAAAACCAAAGCUGCUACCGACCUAAAAUCAAAACAGGCACCUACCUUAGCCAUAUAUGAGUCUCCAUGAGCAGCGGCAUUAAAAAAUUCAAAGUCGUUCCCUAAUAAAAUCCCGAUUAAUUCUUUUUUAUAUAAGUAUAACAAACCUUAAAAUGGCUGUAAAAUUCUCAGAUUUUACACUAGUUGCACAAAAGUCACCAAAUGCAGAGAUAGUCACCUAUAUUUUUAGGAUCAAUAGCAAUAUUUAACACAGGGGUUUUCAACCCAGUCCUCAAGGCACACUGUGGGUCCUGGUUUUUGUUCCAGCCGAUCCAGCAGAGACAGUUGAACCAAUGAGGCUUCUGCUAAAACAAGCCACACCUGACUGCAAUCAACUGAUUGCACUUGUAAAACACCAGAUUGGGGAAAAAGUGUUGUCAUCUUGUUUGGUAAGAAUGAAAUCCUGCACCCACAGUGUGCCUUAGUGGAAUAGGUUGGGAACCCCUGAUUUUAACAUAUAAGUUUUUGCCCAAAAUACCAACUUAUUUUUCUUUUAUUUACUGCAUGUUUUGAACAGCUAAUAAAUCUUUCAAUUUUCACACCAGAAACUUAAUACUUGAGGAAAACAUGCAGAAUCAAUUAGACCUGCAGCUGUCGAUUAUUUUAGUAGUCGAUUAAUCGAUGAACAAGUUAGUUCGAGUAAUCGGAUAAGGAACAUAAAAAAUUAAAAUACCGGAUCUGGGCCUCAAACGGUAUUAAAAAUAAAUAAAUAAAUGAGGAUAUACAGUAUAUGCAACAAAAGAACAAUUGACUUACUUAAAUAGCAAAAGUCCGCUAAUUUAAAUGCUAUAAAAUGGUUCGAACACAUAUUCCCUCAAAAAAACAGCUAAAUAUACCUUUAAACUAAAUUACGAAUGCAUUAGAAAAAAUUAGCUCUGACAAAAAAUGGCUUAUGUUGGUCUUAACAGGGAACAGCUGGAUUUAACCAUGUGAAAUGAGGCAGACUAGAGGGCAGUGUAUCCACCCAAAUCAAUAAAACUAAAUGCAAACACUUAAAAAAAAAAACCAUAACAACGCCACUUUAAUUAAACGAAUACUCGAGGCAGCAAAAUUUAAUUUGAUUUUUAAAAAUAUAUUAUAUACUUGAGGAAAGCAUGCAGAAUCAAUUAUAAUAAAAACUAUUUUUUUUUUUUUUUUUU